AUGCCUCGAGAGCCUGAGCUACUAUUUUCUUUUCCUUACCCAUAUAUCACAGUUAGUACCCUCAAAGCCAUUGCCUUUCAAGUAGAGCGUCUUUUCAAGUCAGUCUUGUCCCGCCUGCUCGUUAGCAAGUGCCUCGGGCCCUGCCUCUCUUUUCCAACAAUCUCAGCCGAGUGCUUCGUUCCUCUCCUUUUAGGCGAGCUACUUCGUUCCAGCCUUUCUCUUUCUAUUUUGAAACACUUUCGGCUUGAACUCUAUUCGUUUGAGCUCGCAACCCUUCUCGACCUGUCUUUUCAGACUCAUUCCCUUUCUCUUUUGAAACAAUCUUAG